ACGUAACUCGAGACGAGCAUUACGUCUCUUCUCUCGCAAACCUCUGAAUUCCGAGUGGCAUAACUUGCACACAGUGAACCGCUGAGACACUUCACAUUUCAGAGGCACUCGGGGGCAUUUUUAUACUCCUUUAGGAUAUUCCGUUACAUGAAAAUCUUCGGGCUCCGUGUAACAAUGGAGGCAUAUUUACGGAGCUGUCGUGAUGUGAUUAAGGCUUGUAGUAAGAACAGCCCAGGGCUGCAUGUCGUAAUGGGAAAUGAGGCUUGUGAUGUGGACUCCAUGGUAUCAGCCCUGACCUUCGCCUACUUUCUUUCAAAGAGUCUUGAUUGUAAGAGGGUGCCGGUGCCUGUACUCAACAUCCCACGAGCUGAGUUUCCCUUGCGCUCUGACAGCAGCUUUCUGCUGAGAGAAACCGGUUUGUCGCAGGACUACCUGCUUUUCAGGGACGAGGUGGACCUCCACAGCCUGCACAAGAACAAACAGCUGACCUUGACCCUGGUUGACCACAACGUUCUGCCCAGUGCUGACAGUGAGCUGGAGGAUGCAGUUGUAGAAGUGAUUGACCACCACCUCCUACAGAGGCCCUCAUCUCCCUCCUGCCCUGUCACUGUGGAGACCGUGGGCUCCUGUGCCACCUUGGUGACAGAGCUCAUUGCCCAAAAAGCGCCUGAGGUGCUCGACCAACAAGUGGCUCAGCUUUUAUACGGUACCAUUAUCCUAGACUGUGUUAACAUGGCACCUGAGGCAGGUAAAGUCACCCCUAAGGACAGCCAGUACGCCAUCUUUUUGGAGAAACGUUUUCCAAAGCUGCCUCCGAGGGGCGCUCUGUUUCAGUCGUUACAGAAUGCCAAGUUUGACGUGUCAGGCCUCUCCACAGAGCAGAUGCUGUUGAAAGACAUGAAAGCUGCAUCUGCUGGGGAUCUGAACUUGGCUGUCAGUGUCAUUUACAUGACACUAGAGGCUUUUCUUCAGAGGCGUGGCUUACAGCAGGACCUCUGUGAAUUCUGCCACAAUCACAGCUACAACCUGCUGAUCGCAAUGACAAUCUCUUUCAACGACAACAAGGAGCCCUUCCGACAGCUAGCCGUCUACAGUUCCAGCACUGUCUACAGGGAAGAGAUGAGUAAAGCACUAGAAAACGCCAAAACCCCUAGUCUGGACCUUAAACCAAUGAGCAGUCCAUAUCUGGAUGUCAAGGCCUAUUUACAGGGAAACACACUAGCAUCCCGCAAGAAGGUAAUGCCCAUAAUCACAGACUUCCUGAAGGAGAGGGAAAGGAAAGUGGCUCAAAGUGGAAACAUAGAGGACCUAUAUCUGGACGAUGAUUCUAAUCAGUACCAGAGUGACUCUCAGCAAUGUACUGAAGACGCUGGGAUUGAGGACGAUACUCCAUUUCCUCCAACGCCAAUGAACAGUCUGGUUGAGGGUUGUCCCUUGGACAAUGGCCUACCAAAAAUCAGCCCUGAGGUUUUGGUAGAGAAAGUUACCAAGAUGGCCAGCAUGGAGGACACAUCUCCUGAGGGACAAUGAUGAAGAUCUGUUGUCUAAGAGAGUCUUGGAUAAAAGCUGGAGAAGAAAAGUCCUUCUGCAUCUUUAAGAGGAUGUGGUGGAUAUACAACAGUGGUGCAUCAGGGCGUGAGAAUGUAAUGGCACUUUUUUGAUCUAGUUAACUCACAAAGGUACAAUACGGUCUGAAGUGACUUUUUCUAAGGACUGGUACAUGAUGAUUCAAAUGGAGCAUUACAUAAAUGCAUCACAUAUAAGAUGUUUAAAGUUUGGGUGUCAUAAAAAUGACUGUAAAAUUUCAGGUUUAGUCCAUUUAUUUAUUGCUCGCAGUAGUAUUCAUAUUUGAUCUUCUAAAUUAUUUCCAGGUAAACAUGAGCUUAUUCAGUUCCAAAAUUGACAAUACGCACGCAGUGCAAGCUAGCGACUGACAAUUGAUAGAAUUAACCAAUUCUGAAUUAAUUUCCGUUAUUAUACAAUUAUAAUGUGGUAGUUAUCGUUGCUUUUGGUGCCACUAACAUACUGCAUUCUUUAUAAUAUUAAAAAAGUUAUUUUCAGCUUGUCUGCAGACCACGUAUGUAGCAUGGAAUUGAUUCCCACAUAUUAUUAUUAUUAUUAUUAUUAUUAUUAUUUUGACUUGUCCCUUGAUUUGUAAAAACGAAAGGAAAAUGCAUUUACAGUUCUCUUACCGUGUUAGCCCAGCAGGCAUAAAAAAUUUUAAUCAUUUGGACACUGAUAUAAACUGCAGGUUUACUUUUUAGCUGGUCAUGAUUCGUGUUAAAUUUUGAAAAAUGUAAUAGUUGCAUAUACACUUAUACAUUAAAAAAAAAAAAAUAUAUAUAUAUAUAUAUAAUAAAUAUUCGCACAGUGCUGCCUGCUUGUCUGCUAGGCUUCCAAAAUAAGCAUAUAUAAGCAGUUCCUGUUAGGAUGAGUCAAAAUAAUAUAUCUUAAAGGAUUAGUUCACUUUAAAAUGAAAUUACCCUAAGCUUUACUCAACCUCAAGCCAUCCUAGGUGUGUAUGACUUUUUUCUUUCUGAUGAACACAAUUGGAGUCAUAUUAAUUAAUAUGAUGUGUCUAAGCUUUAUUAUGUCAGUGAAUGGGGGCAACGAGUUUGAAGCUCAAGAAAGUGCAUCCAUCCAUCCAUCAUAAAUGUACUCCACACAGCUCCGGGGGUUAAUAAAGGCCUUCUGAAGCGAAGCGAUGUAAGAAAAAUAUCCAUCUUUAACAAGUAAUAAAGUAAAAUAUCUAACUUCCGCUAGACCUCAGUUACAUAAGUUGAAUAGGGAAGGCGUAGGAUGUAGCGUAAGCGUUUUGAACUGCGAGAGGCGUUAGACUUUCUUCGUAAGUUGAAUAUCGAAGGCGGUCUGGCGGAAUCUAGAUAUUUUACUUUACAACUUGUAAAUAUGGAUAUUUUUCUUACACAAAUGCAUCGCUUCACUUCAGAAGGCCUUUAUUAACCCCCGGAGCUGUGUGGAGUAUGUUUAUAAUGGGUGGAUGCACUUUCAUGAGCUUAAAACACGUUGGUCCCGUUUACUGCCAUUAUAAAGCUUGGACGCGUCAGGAUAUUUAUUAAUAUAACUCUGAUUGUGUUCAUCAGAAAGACGAAAGCCAAAUACACCUAGGAUUGCUUGAGGGUGAGUAAAUCUUGGGGUAAUUUUCAUUUUAAAAAAUGAACUAAUCCUUUAAAUUGAUGACAACACUUUUCAUUUGAUCUCACGCUGCAACGGAUGUAAAUGAAGAUGCAUUGGAUUAGUACAUCUUGUCAUGAUUACCCCAAUAAUAUUGUAAAAGAGUGAUUGUUGGUAAAUGAAAAGUGAGUGUCACCCCUCUGUGGCCUUUUUUAUGUUAUAGGUGUUAACUGACCUACUCCUGGUUAGAAUUAGGGCACCUGCAUUUUACUCAAUUAAAUUUUGCCAUUAAUUACCAAAGACCUCAGUUGUAUUUGUAUGUGAGGCAUGUUAAGCAUUUGAUCAUUUGAGUUUUAAAAUAUAUAACUUCAGUAUUCUGUUGAUUUCUAUUAUGUUAUAUUAUAUAAUUUAUUUGAUGAUUUACGUUUUGAGUACAUUAGGGUUAAAAAAAAAUGGUGGUUGUUGUCAUGAACUGUCCUUUUGAUUUGUUUUACGGCCUUCAGCUUAUUAACAGUUAUUAGAGAUCAGUCACCAUCUGUCAUUCAUGAUGGAAAAUCUAAAGAUUGAUUCAAACUGGAUUAGCAUUGUAAUUACGGCAUUCAUUAUAUUAGUAAAUACAAAAACGCAAUACAAGGUAUUUCAAAGACCUAAUUGGAUUAAUCUUAUAUAAUGACGUUUUAUUGGACAGUUAUAUAAAGAUGUUUUUCUUCCCAUAGAACUAGUUUUGUCAUGGCUUCAUAUACACACACAAAAAAAAAUAAAACUGUUAAUCAAAAUCAGUUUAUAUCAGACAUGAAACAUAUUAGAUGGUAUGUUGGUGUUUUGAGGUGUUGUGUAUCUCGUGUGAAUUAACCCUAAGUGAUAGUUUGGUGAGAUUUGGCAUGGUGACAGCAGAGGAUUGCUGCAUGCUGCCUCAGGAGAAUAAAGCACACUGAAUAAUGCCAAUAUCAUCAUAAUGUUGUAUUAAAUGUUGAUUUAAUGUAAAUGUUUUAAUGUGAUAUGUUUGUAAAGCAGGAUAUUCCGAAGCACAUCCUCUGUUACGUAUUUUAUUGCCAAGGCCUUUUUUAUUUCAAGUAUUCCUCAACUCAAUAAAACAUUUCAUAUUGUUCCAUA